AUUUUCUAAUACGAAAAACAACGUGACAGAGAGUGGUUUCUUCCUUUCUUUUUACUGCUCCAGCAGCCUCCAGUAGUCGACAGUGUUCGUCCCUCCUCCAGUUUCCGCAGUAGUGAGCAGUUGAAACUCUGAAGCAGCCAGCCCAGCCCAGCCAAGCAUCUCUCUACACUUCCUUCCACCUCCCGCUCGUUGACUUCCCUCCUCCUUCCAACCAAAACAGUGCCUUUCACUUUCUUGCCCACAUUUUCCCCCUUUUCCCACCUCUCUUCUUCUUCUUCUUCUUCGACCAAAUGAAUCAUUUAGAAGGUGGAGGGGUGUAGCAAUUUGGUGCCAUUUGAUGCUCCUUUUACCUAUAAUUCUUAGUGCGCUGCUUCCAAUCCCCAAUUCCCCAUUCUCCCAGGUCCCUAGACCAGUGGCAAUAUGAAGUAGCUAGCACACUUGAUCCCAUGGUGCCUUCUGAAGGGAGUGUGAUACAAAGCUCUUCUAGUUAUCAAGUGGGUUUCUGGAAGGGAGGUUGACAUACUACCCCUGUUACAUUGGUUUGAGGGUGAAUGAUGACGAGGCUCAACCUCCCAAAGCGAUACUGGAUUGUCAUUCUAACAUUCAUCUGCACUUGUGUCUGCUAUAUAGAACGGGUGGGCUUCUCUAUUGCAUAUACUGUUGCAGCUGAUGGUGCUGGGGUUAAUGAAUCAAGCAAAGGUGUGAUAUUAUCGACGUUCUAUUAUGGUUAUGCUUGUUCUCAGGUGCCUGGUGGCUGGGCAGCUCAGCGGAUUGGGGGAAGGAAGGUUCUUCUUCUUUCAUUUGUUUUAUGGUCAUUGACUUGUUUUCUAGUCCCACUCGAUCCGAACCAAGUUACACUGUUGGUGUUUGCCCGGUUGCUUGUUGGUGUUGCACAAGGUUUCAUCUUUCCUUCCAUACACACUGUCCUGGCUCAGUGGGUCCCACCCCAUGAGAGGUCCAGAUCGGUUUCUCUCACAACUUCUGGAAUGUACUUAGGUGCAGCCAUGGGGAUGCUUAUCCUCCCAUCCUUGGUAAAAUUCAAGGGACCACAAACUGUAUUUGUUGCUGAAGCCAUAUUAGGGGUUUUGUGGUCUCUGCUUUGGUUUCAGUAUGCAAGUGACCCACCUCGGUCUGAGCAUCCAAAAGCCACUGCUUCUGGAUUUGGGGAGUCUUUGCUGCCACUUAAAACGAAGGGUAAAGUCGAGAAUGGCGUAAGCAAUACCCGAACUGCCAAAAUUCCUUGGAAAAGGAUUUUAGUGAGCUUACCAGUUUGGGCAAUCGUGGUGAACAAUUUCACUUUCCAUUAUGCAUUGUAUGUGCUCAUGAAUUGGCUGCCCACUUACUUCGAGCAAGGGUUGCAGCUCAGUCUUCAAGAAAUGGGCUCCUCUAAAAUGAUGCCUUAUCUCAACAUGUUCAUUUUUUCUAAUAUCGGUGGGGUGGUUGCUGACCAUCUGAUCACCAAGAGGAUAUGUUCCGUGACUAGAACAAGAAAGGUUUUAAACACAAUCGGGUUUUUGGUAGCUGCUUUUGCGUUGAUGGCACUUCCACUCUUCAGAACUUCUGAUGGGGCUGUUUUCUGUUCAUCGGUUGCUCUUGGGUUCUUAGCAUUAGGGAGGGCUGGAUUUGCGGUGAAUCACAUGGAUAUUGCACCACGAUAUGCUGGGAUAGUUAUGGGAGUUUCUAAUACUGCUGGUACUUUGGCUGGAAUUGUUGGGGUUGACUUAACUGGGAAGCUUCUUGAAGCUUCAAAAGUUGCUUAUUCGGAUCUCUCGAGUCCAGAAAGUUGGAGAGUUGUGUUCUGCAUACCGGGCUUGCUCUGCAUCUUCAGCUCUCUUGUGUUCUUGCUGUUCUCCAGUGGAGAGAGGAUUUUUGACUAAUAGACUGAAAUUUCCUACUGUACGAUGAGAGAGAUUUCUUCUGUCAUGGUCAGAGCAAUCUGAAAUUGUAAGAUGGAUGCAGGCAUGCAGCAAAAGGAAGUUUUAAGUUGGUGUUGAGUUGAUAAUACAGGGCUCUUUAUUCAUUGUUUCUCAAUAGCUCAGUGAUACUUCAGAAUUGUACAACUUAACAAUGUAGCUCGUUAUACAGGGCAUUUAAUUUACCUUUUGAUAAAAGCCUUUGCACUUUUCGUUUGAGGUAAGUGCAUUUCAAUA